UUGAAUUAACCUCUUGUGUUGGCUUGGAGAAUGGCAAAGUUGUCAUUGAGGAGCCUCUGGAUAGUCUACUAUCUUUCGUAUCAUGGAUUCUUCUCCUUCAACCGCAUGGUCAAUCUGAAAAUUCUUCAGAUGCUUCAUGGACGUGUUUUGGGUUUUCCCUUUCCCAAGAUGAGGUUGGAAGAAGAUUGUCCUGGGAUUCAUUCUCCACAGCAUUACUGAAGAUCCGGAAGCUUUUAAGAGCUGAAAAAUUGGAAGUCCUUCUUGGUCAGAGAGCUGACUCAGGCUCAGGGUCCUCUGAGAAAGAGAGAACCAAAAGCUGCACCAUAAUUUUACUGGGUAUAACAGAGGUGGUGCUCAACACCAUAGCCACUGAAUUGGAGAAAGCAACUGGUGAUAAGAGGGUACAACUUGAAAAGGAGCUAAUUGACUUGGUUGAAUUCCAUCACUUGGUGGAGAAACAUUUAGGCAAACCAAGGCAGAUCAAUGGACUAAGAAAGGCAAAUGUGCGAACUACUGCAAUUGAUAUUCCUGACCAUACUGAUUCUGGCUGCACCACCUUGAUUCAAGAACAGAUGCCUCUCUUGGCAACUUCAACAAUCAAUCAAUUACUGCAAACUACAUUAGGGUUAUACAAUGCUAAAUUUUCUAAUGCUAUUGCAACCUCCCAGAGUCUUGGCCAAUCAUCCUUCAACAAGAACACAAGCUGCUCAAACAUUAUAUCUUUUGUCUUGAAUAUUCUGCUUUGUCACAUCAGGUCUUGCCCUGUUUUAGUGAGGGACGAUCCCUUUAAGACUUUUAUCUAUGGUGACAUUAAGAUUCUGGGACCCCAAUUGCUGAAGCUGAUACUUCUCCUUAAGUCGGUCCAAUCAAGCGUUCCAAAUGAAAAGAACAAAAGUAGGAUUGAAGGUCAAAGAGACAAUCUCCAUCAAGCACUUAUCUGCCUUAAGGAUAUGUUAAUGAUUUAUUUGCAGGGCCCUCAUUUUGCCCAGCUGCUUGAAGAUUUGGUGUCAGUCUGCAUAACUGAGUAUGGUUUUGAUGGCGAAAAUGUAACCUAUGUGAUUAAUGAUCCAAAAAUAAAGAACAUUGAGAUAUUCGUCGUGAAGAUCCUGAAGCCUCUGUUAUCCGAGCUUCUUGCAAUUUCAUCCCUUCGUGAGGCUGAGGUCUUUGGUGAUAUUAUGUUGAUGAUUACUAACAAGUUGCCCUGCCAACUGAGAAACUCUCAUGGAUCCUGGGCUACACAGAUCUGCAAAAGCAAUGGAAUCAAAGAUUCCAAGGUUGUUAGGAGUCUGGUAUUACUAGCCUUCCAACUAAGCUCGCCUCCAGAUGAUUUGAUCUUUGCUCAAGAUGUGGCUAUAGAGUUGUGCAAAGUUACAGGGUCAGCAAGUGAUGAUCCUGUUGAAAUGUCUGAAUUAUACCCUGUUGUCAACAAAGACACCAGCAUUGCAGUAAUUAUUUGCAUUCUGCAAUCAGUUGAAGCAAUUAUAUGUGAUGUGGAUUGGGCCAUUAGAAAAUGAAGGAACUUUCUCUCUCCUCUCAAAAUAGAAAUAAAACGAAUGAAGGAGAACUUACUCUUGAUGUUAAAUUGGUACUGGAGGACAAUCUGUUCUCCAGGUCUGAAUCUGUAGUGAGAGUACUAUCAUCAUUUGCUCUGAUGACCUUGAAGGACCCUCAAGCAGAUCAUUUUCUCAGAAUGGUUACAAGAUUGUACAAGCAAUUGGCUCAAAUAACCAAACUUCAGAUUGCCCCCAGAAGAUCCAAGCAACUUCUGCCAAGCACUAGAUUUCAGAAACUUGUUGAAUUAACUUGCAAGCAUCUCACUUUUCAACUCUAUAAUUUUGUGGCUGAAAUGCAGAAGGAACAGCAAGAAAACGCUAAUAGAAGUAGAAUGGUGGGAAAGAUCAAAAGGGAAAAUCGCUGCAUCCCCGAGCUAAUCUUUCAUAUGGAAGAUUAUGAAAAGUAUUUGAUCCGACUUAGCAAGGUCACUAAAGUGAACUUGCUGAGGCAUGCUAAGCGCAGCACUUCUCGGGAUUUUAAAAUUAUAGAGGCCACCAGUAUAGUCGGGGAAGAAGACAAUCCUGACCAUGAACCUGGCUGUUCUCGUUCUGCAGCACACGAAAACGAAUCAUGCAAUGCUUCUGAUGAAGAUGGAGGAGAGGAAAAUGUCAUGUCUCCGGAGUCGGGCUCUCGUUUGUCUGCAGAUGAAUCUGGUUCUGAUGGCGAGAAAGGUAAUUCUC